UUAUUCUCGUGGGGGACAAAGCACCGGGUGCAACUCUGGCAGCGAACACGUCGUCGUCCAUUCACGCGGUAGCGGGGAAACUCUACGCUUACACAAUCCAGCGGGGAGACCGACCAUGGGCCACUCAAUCAUCGAUGACGCCAGAACGGAGGAUGGCCAGCUCCUCUUCAGCAAUACGUCACUCGAUGCUCAUCCCGCGCCGCCUCCCUGAUUCCUUUCUACGGCUACCAAUAAAUAUCUUCAUCCCUGGAUGUCUUCCUCUUAAUCCUUCCUGCUAAAUUUCUCCAUAUCACCAUAAACUGCCAUUAGGCAAACAAUAACCAAGCAGCUCGACAUAGGUUUCAUAGUUCGCCAGGAUGAAGCUCCAUUUGGCUUCGUGCUUGGUAUUUGCUCUGGCAACCGCCGAGGCGGUUGGAGCAUCCAGCUGGUUCAGCAAAGCUGUUUACAAUAAGUGGCAUGAAACAGAAUUAGAACGAUGGCUUUCCGAUCAUGACAUCCCAUACCCUUCGCCUGCCGAUCGCAAAGAUCUGGAGACCCUAGUGAAGUCCAAUUGGGAUUCGAAAGUGCAGAAGCCCUUGGGACACGCUGCAGCGCACUCCACUGAUCACUGGCAUGAUGCCAAAGAAUGGCUCUUUGACACGUGGUCGGACUCUCAGUUGAAGGCAUUCCUCGAUCGUCAUGGCGUUCCUGCUCCUCAGCCACGCAAGCGUGAUGUUCUUCUGAAGACUGCUCGUGAAAACUAUGAGAAUAUCGCCCACAAGCUUGGGGAGGCUGUCGCUUACCCCGGUAACUGGGUUUAUGAGCAAUGGACCGAGUCUGAUCUGAAGGAAUGGCUUGAUGAGCGUGGCUGGCCGGUCCCGCAACCCACAACGCGGGACAGGCUUAUUGCGUCAGUACGCCGGAACGCUCGAUUGGCCAGUCUACAUGCGAAGAACAUCGCUGCAUCUGCGUCGGCCUCCGCAGAAGCUGCACAGGCUACCCUGAGUGAUGCUCUGUUCAAAGCUUGGUCUGAUUCGGACUUGAAGAACUUCCUCGAUGAACACGGUGUCAAAGUGCCACAAGGUUCUAGACGCAACGAACUGGUAGCUCUAGCUAGAAAACAUCGCGCCUCUCUGGUCAGCCAGGCGUCCGAGGCUUCUGCCACCAUCUCUUCUACUGCUACUGAGAUCAUCGGUGCCGCUACGUCUAAGGCUGGCAACCAGUACGCCCAAGCCACUGAUGACGCACAGCUCAAGGCUCAGAAUUCAUUCGAUGCCACUGUUGAUAGCUGGUCCGACUCGCGUCUGAAGGCAUUCCUCGAUGCGCGUGGUGUUCCUGUGCCUCAGAGCAACAAGCGCGAUGAGCUCCUCGCUAAGGUGAGGCUCAACAGCCACAAGGCAGCCACUGGCUGGACUGCCUGGACGUUUGAUACCUGGGAUACCGAGCACUUGAAGAAGUACCUGUCAUCCAUGAAUGCCAAAGCAUCUCACCGCGCCGAUAUCACCCGCGACGAGCUUGUAAAGCAAGCCCAGGACACCUACGCCAAGGCUUCCAAGACCGGAGGAACAAAUCUCGCAUCUGCUACCUCUUACAUGGCGCAGGCCACCGACGCAGCCAAGGAUUCCGCAUUCGAUACCUGGACCCAUUCCGACCUCAAGACGUAUCUUGACUCGUACGGCAUCCCGGUCUAUCAGGGUUCUGGACUCAAUGAACUACGCGCGGCUGCUCGUCGGAACUCCCAAUAUUUCCGAUACGGUACCUCGAGCCCCCAGGGAACCAUCUUUGCUAAGUUGCAGGGUGUCAGCCAGUGGGUCCUGGACCAGCUGAAGAUUGGCGCGUCCAGUGGCAGAGCCCAAGGCCAGGAAGCCGCUGAGAAGGCUAAGGCCAAGGGCCAGGAGGCUGCCGAGAAAGCACAGACUAAAGGCCAGGAAGCCGCCGAGAAAGCACAGGCCAAGGGUUCCGACGCCGCCGAGAGCCUUCGGGUUGAACUGUAAAUCAAUUUGAUUUUUUGAUGUUCAUGUUGCCGGCUGGGCGUUGUUCGUGGGAUACGACUUUAUGACAUCACAUAAUGACUGCAAUAUGCGGUUGAGACGGUCUAUGAUACUUGCUUCUAGUUGAGGGG